AUGAGCGAAGAGGCCCCGGCCGGCAUGGCCGACGACGGGACCCCCGAUGCCGGGUUCCUGCGCCGGCCCCUGUUCGACUCCGCCACGCUCGCGGCCGUCGUGAUCGCUGUGGGCCUGCUGGCCGUCGUGGCCAUAAAGCUGAUGGCGGGCGGCCGGGCCAAGGCGCCGCGGCCCAAGAAGGCGGCCAAGCUGCGCAACUCCGGGGGGUCGAUGUUCGUGAAGGAGGAGGGCGUCACCGUGCGGCGAUCGGCCAGGGUCCGCGCGAUGAGCCCCUACGGCACGCCAAAGAACGCCGGAGGAGAGGAGGUCGCCGCGAGGGGCCCUGGGGGAACCCUUCGCGUUCCCCUGCGUGCCCGGGGAGAUGUGGAAUUGCUCGCCGCUGGUGGGUGCGUCCCUGGGCGAGCCUCCGCCUUGACCCGCACCUCGGGGCGCACAGAGACGUGA